GUAUCAAACUAAUGAUGAAAUCUACGUAUUUAUGCCUUGAAUCUAUUAUGAAUCAAGUGUAGGUAAGUUUUUUGCCUAAAUUCAUCUCUCCUUUCUAAUGAAAGUUAGGCCAUUUAUGUUGGAACUACAAUGUGGUCUCUGUGGCAUUGACCCACACAGGACAGGGAGUCAGGGACCAUUAAUUUGAGAAGAAACUUUUGUGUACAUCUUUAUGAGCAAUGUUGAUAUAAUCAGAAGUGAAUGACAAUCAAUACAUAAUAUAGGCACCCACCUACUGAAGCAAUUAAAACUCUCAACAAUCUUCAGGUACUUGGACUUUUAUCACCUGAAAUCUCCCCCUUCUCUAGAUUCACAAGCAAUCAUCCUUCUACCUGCUUCACCAACCACCUCUAGGCUACUGAUAAUACAUACACAACUUGAGUCGAGGCAAACCAACUAUGACAAGUGAGGCCAUGUUUUGGUUCCGGUUUGCUCAUCUGCUACUGCAAAUCCUUACUGUAAAUGCAAAAGUUCCAGCCAUCAUUGUGUUCGGAGACUCUUCGGUUGACUCAGGCAACAACAACCAUGUAUCUACAUCACUAAAGAGUAACUUUGCACCUUACGGUCGGGAUUUCUAUGGUGGCAAGCCCACGGGAAGGUUUUCCAAUGGUCGGAUUCCGACAGACUUCAUUUCUGAAGCCUUUGGGAACAAGCCAAUAGUACCUGCAUACUUAGAUCCAACAUGUGAUAUAAAAGAUUUUGCCACAGGAGUUUGCUUUGCUUCUGCAGGAACAGGUUAUGACAAUGCUACUUCUGAUGUACUAUCAGUAAUACCUCUUUGGAAGGAAUUGGAGUUCUACAAAGAAUACCAGAAGAAGCUCAGAGGCUAUCUAGGAAAGGAGAAAGCUAAUGAAGUACUAGGGGAAGCACUUUACCUGAUAAGCAUAGGAACAAAUGACUUCCUAGAGAACUAUUAUAUAUUUCCAGGCAGAUCAUCUCAGUUUUCUGUUAUGGAAUACCAGAAUUUUCUUGUGCAAAUUGCUAGAAAUUUUGUCACAGACCUUCAUCUUCUUGGAGCUCAAAAGAUAGCUCUAGGUGGGCUUCCUCCCAUGGGGUGUUUGCCUUUGGAAAGAACCACAAAUAUAUUUUUUGGAAGUGAUUGCAUUGAAGAAUACAAUAGCGUGGCCAAGGAUUUCAAUGAGAAGCUGAAUGGAAUGGUCACUGAUCUGAAUAAGAAGCUUGCUGGGAUCAAACUGAUGUUUUCAAACCCCUACGAUAUUCUCUCACAAAUAAUUCAGAAUCCAAGUUCUUUUGGGUUUGAAAAUGCGGAAAUAGCUUGCUGCGGAACUGGAUUAUUUGAGAUGAGCUACAUGUGCAAUAAAAAAAACCCCUUUACAUGCUCAGAUGCAAAUAAAUAUGUAUUCUGGGAUUCCUUCCACCCCACAGAGAAAACAAACAAGAUUGUUGCUGAUUAUGUAGUAAAAAAUUGUUUAUCUCAGUUUCUGUAAUGACGACCAAAGAUAAUAUUCUUAGUGUAACAAUUCUAGUUCUAAUUCUCAUUAAUUUUGUAUUACUGAUGUCUUUAUUGUAAACUAAUUAUUGAUUUGAGAAA